UAGACAUCACCAAUUUUAGUGCUAAGUUUGAAAGUACUUUUCCUAAAUUCUUGUAAAACAAAAAAAAGUUCUCACAUACUGGAGCUUACUCAGUAUUUCAGAGAACUCUGCUAUGCAUUGUCAUUACUCUAUACCAAAAAUAUAGGUAUGGCAUUUAAACUGUCACCACAGGCAUAUUUCAGUACCCAGUUCCCUUUUUUCUUUGGCUUGCAUACUUUAUUUUAAUAGCACCUCAUGGGAAAGAAAUAGCAAGGGGCCAAGCAAUGUUUUAUCUGCCCUGAGUUAAUCUGACUCUUCUGACCUCAAAAUUGCCUAUCAGAAAAUGAGCAAGUGCACCAACUUUGAACGCCACAAGAUGCAUGGUCAAGAUGCAGUGGAGCUGAAGAACUUCUGGGAAAAAGCCAUCCAAGAGCAAACUAGGCAACGAGAAAGUGAAGAAACUAGGCUAAGCAAAAGUGCUCUGAACAAGCUUCGCCAUGAGUGGACUCAGAGGCUGGAGGGCAGGGCAAAGCUGGUCCAGGCACACAUGAAAAAGCAUAAAGAGCAGAUGGCACUGUUGUCCACUGAAGCUCAUCCUUUGCCAGAUAAAACUCAGACUCUUGCCCUUUUCCAGACCAGCUACUAGAACUACUAGUAAAGGUCCACUGAAAUUCACUGCAAGAAUUAGGCCACAGUACACAAUCUCUUUAAAAUGCAGAGGGAAAUGUGAGAAAUAGGCACCUAUAAUUCUGCAUGUUGUAUUAUUACUCUGACGUAGCAGGACUUCUUAUGUAACAGCAUUUUCAAAUGACAACAAUAUAUUUUUCAGAAAGAGAAUCAUAUGGUUAAGAGGCAUAAUAAAUAAUUAAUAAUCUGAAUUAAUAUCUGAAUAAAUUCAGAUGUCCGUGCAUGAAGUUGCACAUUUCCAUUCACAGAGCUCUCAGAUUCUGAUUUACUGCACAUAAGCCAAGCUGCCUACCUUGAUAAGCUAUGGUGAAGGGGGUUGAGAACUACGCUUAAGAGCUGGACAGAAGAAAUGCAUUUCCUAGUGGAAUCAAGAGAAAGAAGGAGAAAAGGAUUUUUUUGAUCAAGAUGUAGGAAAAGUUCCAGAUCUGAAUAAUUAAAUGAACAAAGGGAAAUAUUUUUCUUUGGUGGGAUAGGUAAGAAAAAGGUCUACUGAAACAGUCUUUGAACUAGUUUGAGAGGCAUCUGACUAUUAGGAAGGAAAGGAAAUGGGAGCAAACCAGUUUUUAUACAACAUUCUCAUUUUACAUAGCAAUAUUCUCCCAUUAAAAUAGAAAUGGAAAGAAAAGAAGAAGGAAAGAAAAGGGAAA